AUUGAUGUUUCGUGCUCCUCUGAGCAGUGUGGUUUGACCUAGACAGAGACAUGCAGUCUGUUGUUGUGGUUAAUUGUGUGGUUGAUUGCUAGGACGCCUGGUGCUCUGAUCUAGCUUGGCUCGGAGUUUGACACAGCAGUGUGCAGUCAGCGAGGUGCUAAUUAAGUCAUCCCUCGUUUGUUUAAUUGCAUAGCUGCCAUUACUGAAUACCCUUGUUGGUAACGAACAUAGUAGACCCUAUUGCGGGUCUUCUUUGGUCACCUUUGGUAUUGCUUUUUCUGGUUUAUUGAUCUAAGAUAUCUUGGGCUUUGGUCUCAGGAGGCUCGGCAGUGUUUGCUUUGUUGUCGCCUUGCUCAGAUGGGACAGAGUUCCUGUGCAGCUUUAGAGCAGCAAAGCUUUCCCACUGUAUGGAUUUAAGACAACGCAUGUUAUAAGUUCUUUCUAAGCAGCACAAGGUGCUAAAGUCAACAGUAGAACUUUUUGUUGCUCUAAGCUCAUCUCUGUGUGCAUUGUGAUAUACUGUCUAAAUCACGAGCUCUGUUAGCACCCUGAGCUCAAGCCAAACGUCUGUGUGUUGCAUGCAAACCCUUGCCACAAAUCAUUCCUGUGUGACUUAGCAGCUCAAGCAGUGUCUUUGCAUGUGUCGUGAUGCACUGUAGCACAUAAGAGUCCUUUCUUUAGAGUGCUGUCCUCAAACAACAACUUCUGUCUGAUUGCACUGAAGUAAAGCUGGGCAGAUAGUGUGUGCACGUGCCUGCAGCAUUGCAGUUGAGAACAAAUCAGAGUGUGUGUGCGUGUGGACUAGUUUGUCUAUAGCAGUGCAGGCAGGGUCACAGAGGAGCCAUUGAUCAAGCUUGCACAUCCACACACACACACACACACAUUCACACACAGAUUCUCAAUACACAAUGAGGCCUGUCCGGAGCUCUGUCCUCUGCCGCCUCCUCCCUGCCCCCUUCUCUCUAGCCCUGCGCAGCCUGGUCCUGGUCCUGCUUUGCAUCACUCCCCGUUGUCAGGCAGUGCAGGCGGAGAAUGUGACAGUUUUGGAGGGAGGUACGGCCCAGAUCUCCUGCCGCCUGCAGAACUACGAUGGAUCUAUCGUGGUCAUCCAGAAUCCUCGUCGGCAGACGCUUUUCUUCAACGGCACACGAGCCUUGAAGGACGACCGUUUCCAGAUGGUGCUCUUCACGCCACGGCUGGUGCGCAUCACAUUGACCAACGUCAGUGUGUCAGAUGAGGGUGGCUACUUCUGCCAGCUCUACACUGAUGCCACGCACCACCAGGUGGCGACGCUGUCUGUUUCGGUGCCCCCCGAGACGCCCACGGUGGAGGUGAAACAGGAUGCCGUGGAGGGAGGCGAGGUGGAGCUCACCUGUGUCUCGCCACGCAGCAAGCCGGCCGCAACCCUGCGUUGGAUGCGCAGUGGCCGGGAGAUACCAGGUGUUGUAUCCCAGCAAGACAACGGGAAGACAUUCAGCGUAUCCAGCACCAUCAGGAUCCCAGUAGAAAGGAAAGACAACGGGGCGGCGCUGAGCUGUGAGGCGUUCCACCCAGCACUGAGUGGGCAGAAGAGGAUUCGACACUACCGCCUGGAUGUGCAUUUUGCACCCACAGUGAGAAUUGUUCCUCCUACUGGCAUUUUGAGAGAGGGCGACUCACUCACUCUGACUUGCUCCGUCUCUGGGAACCCCCUGCCGAGGACCAUUCAGUGGUCCAAGAUUAACGACACCUUACCUGAGAGGUCAGAGAUUUCUGGCCCCACCUUUCAGAUUUCCCGUCUUAGCCAAUCACACAACGGGACAUACUUGUGCCAGGCCCAGAACAACUAUGGACGUGCUGCCGAUCAUUACACCCUAUUGGUGUAUGAUAAUGUGUCAGUCACUACCACGGUCCCUCCCACUCCUACCACCCAACCAAUCACCUCCCAUUCCACCACCCCAACCCUCCUAACACCCAGCUUCGCCCCGGACCCAGAAGAUCCCGGUGCAGUGGUGGAGACUCACAGUGCAGUACCAUAUGCAGUGAUAGGUGGCGUUCUGGCACUUCUGGUUUUCACCGUCAUCUGUGUCCUCAUUGUCACCAUCUGGUGCUCCGUCCGACAGAAAGGCUCGUACCGUACCCGAGAGCCUAUUCUUGCUUGGUAUUGACCUAACAAUCAGUUAACUAAUGAAUUAAUCUGUCACAGGUUCCUAUCUUACCCAUGAGGCCAGCGGGUUGGAUGAACAUGGUGAGGUGCAGGAGGCCUUCCUCAAUGGGAACGACGCCAGCCAGGGCAAGAAGGAGUACCUACUGUAGCCCUUCUCCUUUCCUAUCCCCAUCUCUUCUGACCUCAUCCCUCUAUUUCCCUUCUCUCCCCCUCUCCCACCUUAUAUACAGUAUACACACACACAGAAACAUGCACACACACACACACUUCUGUACAAUGCGCCAUAACAGAGGGCCUUCUGAAAACGACUGUAUACAGAUACUGCACACAGCCAAUCCAUCCCACUCCAUCCCACUCCAUAUCCUCCAUACACACACCCACCAGAGACAGAUUGAGAAAAAGAGAGCCUAUAGACCCACCAGCCAUUAACGACUGUGCCAUAUUCUAUAAGUCGGGGAAGCUGUGGAAAAUGGAGCGAGAUAGAGAGAGGGGGACGUGAAUUUAGACAAAAAACGAAAUGAUGCCGUAAUUAUUUUGAUCGAGAGGGAAGCUGGGAGCACAAAGAAAACAGGCACUCUGCCCGUGCAGUCGCCAAAGUGGAAGGGGGAAUUAGAGGCAGAUGACUGCUAUAAUUCCACGCCUGAAGAAAACCAUCCAUUUCACGAAGCUCCAUCUUUAACUGGCGGAGACAGUGGAAGCUGUGUGGGAGGAGGGAGGAGGGAGACGGGGGAGUUUGGGGGGUUUAGUUGACCAGGAGCUAUUGAGCGCCAGAUGCUAGAAAAUUGAAAUUUUUUAAAAUUGCCAAAGCAUCUUGCCUACUGAGCGCAACCCAUAUAUAAUUCCUUAACAACACUAGAGUGUGUAAGCUCAACAUCCCAGAGAGUAUCCAGACUUUAUUAACAAGCUGACUGUCCUGUUUUGCUAUCCCUGUUGGGUGACCUGCCAAUAAUUUGUAAGAAUAAUUAUCUUUUAGUGAUGGCUUUUUAUCUCUCACUGCAACAGUGAAGAGAAGGUGGUUCUCUUUUAAUUUACUUUCCAUCUCCUCCUCCGUCUCCAUUCACCUGUUACCAUCGUCUCCCCUCUCCCUUAUAUCUCUCUUUCUCUCUGUCGGUCCCCCUCAUCGCUCCUCCUUUGUUGGCUCCUAAUAAUGAAAGGAUUAGUGUUGGGCUGCGUUCCUGACAAAGAAGAAAUGAAUAUGACUUGCUAAGGCAUUAAGAAAAAGCUUAAUUAUUUUAGAAUGUCAUUAAGAGGAUAAAAAGGUUUAGAAGUCUCAAUAAGAAGGGCGAGGGGAGUGAUAGCAAAAGGCGUAAAUGAGAAAAUAAAAUGGAUGGAUUUCUUUUCUGAAUGCUACCACACAUAUGCAGAUACAUGCAUACAUUCAUACGUACAGUAAACAUGUUGACAGAACAAGUAUACAUAUCUCUGAAUUCCUUAUUUGUAUAAAAAAAAAAGAACAGCAACAUAAAUUAAAGGAAACUUUUAAGAAAUAUGAAAACAGUUUACUAUUGAAACGCAUUAUGAAGCAACUAUACUAACACAGAAUAUUAGCCUAUAGAGGUGCAAAGCCGAACAAACUACUGUCCAGUGAUCUUUAAAGAAAAUAAAGAAAAGAAUAAAAAAAGAAAAAUCAUUUGUCUUUAUGAGAAACCAGAGGUCUUAUUGAUUUUUUAUUAAUUAUUAUUAUUAUUUGAACAAUUAUGAUUGUUGUUAAUGUUAUUAUUAUUGCCGUUGUUAUUAUUAUAAUUGUAAAUGUUAAAGAAAUGUACACUUCCCAUGGUUUGUUUUUGGUUCUACUGUAGAGAAAUUGCUGUCUUUUUUCACUCUUACCUUUCCUCUCUCUCCCAGUCUUUCUCUCUCUGCGUCUCCUGUGCCUAGUCGUCUCUUCUCCUGUCUUUCACUCUUGUUUAUUUUAGUCCAUGUGUCAUUGUUGAUAUAUAGCUAACUAUUUCUUUAUAGGGGAAAGAUACAAAGCACGACAAAAUAAAAAAGAAUCCAAAAAUAA